GUCUGUGUAGCGACUGUGUAACUCUCGAAGAUUAAUAGAGCCUAUAAACUAAACUUAACGGAAUAGUCUCUUCAGUAUACCCUGGAGCUUCUUUCGUUCGAUAGUGUCUGCCUAUUAUUUACUAUUUACGCAACUUCGGUGACGACGACUCCCGCCGUUGUAAGCGAGCCCGCCAUUCCCAUAAACCUCCCACCACCACAAAACUUAUAUCAAAUCCCCAAACACACCUUCCUUCUCCAAAAAAAAACUAUCAAACCCGCCAUGUCCCCAACAGGCGAGCAGGCCCUCGCCGACCAACUACAAGAUGCGCCCCCCCCACAGAGCCGCAAAUCAGGCGCCGGUGGUGGUGGAGGUGGAGGUGGGGGAUCGCGGAGCGGAAAAGGUCGCAGCGGCGGCGGCGGGCAGAGCAGGGAUGUACAGGUAUCGAAGGCGCUGAGUAAGCUCCUGAGACACGAUGCUGUGAAGGCGGGGUUGGAGCUUGAUGAGGAGGGGUUUGCUGGGGUGGGGGAGGCUCUCCAAUGGCCACGCCUCAAAUCCCUCAAAGUAACCUUUGCCGACAUCCUCACCGCCGUCACCGACAACAGUAAGCAGCGCUUCGCCCUCAAGCUCAACCCCCGCCUCGCCCCCUCUCCUUCCCCUGACUCAACCACCCCCUCCGACUGGCUCAUCCGCGCCAACCAAGGCCACAGCAUCACCAUCGACUCCUCUGCCCUCCUCACCCCCAUCACGCUGGAAGCGGAUAAUAUCCCCCCGGUAGUCGUGCACGGGACGUACUACGCGUUCUACCCCUCCAUCGUGGCCAGCGGCGGUCUGAAAAAGAUGAGCCGCAACCACAUACACUUUUCCACUGGCCUUCCCGAGGAUAGGGAGGGGAAGGUGGUGAGCGGGAUGCGGAAUGAUGCCGAGGUGCUGAUUUAUGUGGAUGUGAGGAAGAGUCUUGAGGAAGGGGGGACAAGUUGGUGGGUUAGUGAUAAUGGGGUUGUGUUGAGUGAGGGGGAUGGGGAGGGGGUGGUGGGGAGGGGGGUUUGGACGAGGGUUGAGGGGAGGAAGAGGGAGGAGGUGGGGGUGUUGUGGGAGGAGGGGAGGGAGGUGGCGGAGUUGCCGAGGGAGUUUAGGGAUAGGAAGGGGCCGGGUGGGAAGGGGCCUAAUAGGGGGCAGGGGGAUGGUGGGAAGGGUACGGGGAAGGGGAGGGGGAGGGGAAAGGGGAAGGGAGAAGGGUACGGGGAAGGGGAGGGGGAGGGGAAAGGGGAAGGGAGAGAAAGGGGAAGAGGCCGGUGA